UACUCUUCGUUAAAUAAUUUACUAUACAUUUCAUAUCUUUCUUUCCACAUCUUAUUCAAUGGCUGGAAAAAUUGCAUGUUUUGUGGUAUUGUGCAUGGUGAUAGCCCAUACCGAAGCCCUAAACUGUGGGCAAGUGACGAGCUUUAUAAUCCCGUGCCUUGGUUACCUUAGAGGCACAUCAGCUUUAGGAGGUUGUUGCGGUGGAGUUAGGAAUUUGGCGAGUGCCGCAAAGAGCACACCAGAUCGUAAAACUGCCUGCACUUGCCUUAAAUCAGCAGCGGGUGCUAUUUCAGGAAUCAAUUACAGCAAAGCUGCUGGUCUUCCUUCCACUUGUGGCGUCAACAUUCCCUAUAAGAUCAGUCCUUCCACUGACUGCUCCAAGGUCACCUAAGGUUGAUAAUAGUCAAUUUUACACCGCACAAUUUGGUACAAGUGCAAUUAUUAUGAGGAGAAGAAUAAGCUGUGGUCAUCUUUGAUCCUACUUUAUGGAUCAAUUUGUGUUUUGUUGCAUCUCUUGUUGUCACUUUCAUUUUGUCUUUUGGUAUGUCCCAUUGGAGUUAUUACACACUCUAGUCUAGUAUUACUAAAAAUAAAAAUAAUGUGUCAUAAAUUGCUUGUUGUAUUACGGAUCCUACUUAUAUGGAUCCAUACAUCUAUCUUUAUUUGAAUUUCAUCGUUAUAAUUACUCGUCUUGAAUUUUUCUUUCA